UGCCCUGUACAUACAUACCUUAUACAUACAAUAUUUACAUUUACAUAGGGGCCGACAUACGCCUAGAGCUCGUCCACAAACCCUAGCCCAUACUUUCCAAUUCGAUUCUCGUUUCAUCUUUCUGAUCUCGGCUCCGUCGCCGAUUGGUAAAGCGAAGAUGGAAGAGAUGCCCCUGCCUUCACUCUUCGAGCAGGCUCGGAGGAUCCACGUAACGGCGUCCGAAUCUGGCGCUGAUCAGGAAAUGGUGAGGAGGGGAUGCAAAGCUUUGCGGCAGUGCGAUGACAUGAUAAGCAAAUUAGGGUUGUUUUCUGCUAACGAGACGAAAGAUGACAUCAGCACAACGAAUCUCAAAUAUCUGUUGGUGCCAUAUUAUCUUGCUGAGUUAACAGAAAAAACUGCAGAGGGUGAUAGGAUCCAAAUUGUUAAGGCUUCACAGGCAAAGCUGAAGGAAUUCACUUCAUUUUGCGAGGCAAUGGACCUUGUGCCUGAAGAGGAGCUAGAAUCUGCACAAACUGGUCCAAAUUCUUUUGCAGACCGGAGGGCUAAGAAGAUUGCUCGCUUCAAGCGGCAAAGAGAUGCAGAGUCAAAGCUGCUGGAGAUAAAGGAGCGGAAGGAGCGACGUGGGCGUUCAACUAAAGCAUCUGCUUUAUCUACACCUGUGGAGACUGGGGAGGAAGAUGUGUCAGAUGAUGAUGGAGAAGAAGAGAGGGAGGCAUGGCUCACUACAAUCUCUCUAGCUAUUUGUAAGGCUUUUGAUCUUCUGGAGAUGUUAAAGAAAGAAGAAGAGAUGCUUUCAGCUAUUAAGGAAACGCAACUACAGGGAGGGGAAAAAGAGAUCGCGCAGGCUAUUCUUGAUGAGCGCACCAAGAGAGCAGAAGCUUGGCAUCGAGAUGCAGCGGCUCGAGCUCCACAUGCUAGACCGGCACAACCGAUUACUUGCGCUGCUUUUGCUCAAGAUGUUUUAGAAGGAAGAGCUGACAUUUCACAAGCACAUAACCAUAAACACCAGCCUAUAAUUUUCGGACCUGCAAGUCUUGUGAGUGGAAACCUAUCAACUGAGAGGGAAAGGAUGGCGGCCCAAGUUUUCCAACCUGGUUACAGAUUGCCAACCAUGAGCAUUGAGGAAGCCGGCUUAAGGGAGAUGGAGAUGAUGAACAAAUUCCAGGAGAGAAAUGCCAAGCUUAUGCAAGAAGCCAAUUCAUCAUGGUACAAGGAUGGCCCAAAGUUGAGGCCCAGUGAGGAAGAAGAUGAAGACGAUGAUGCAGCCCAAGAAAAGGCAAGGGCGUGGGACGACUGGAAGGACGAUAAUCCUCGGGGCGCAGGUAACAAGAAGCUUACCCCCUGUGGGUAAACUCUAGCAGGUGUGUGUGUGUUUUUUUUUUCGUUUGUCCUGCAAAUAAUCUUUUAUAAUCGAAACCAGGAGGUACCGUACUGUCUCAUCCACCAAGAAUUUUCUUCUCCAGCCCAUGGAUAUUUUUGUCAGCAUGCUAGUGCUAUCCCAAUUAAUACAAUAUUUAAUUUUCAUGUAUAGUCUUAGGGGGGGAACAGUUAAUGUCGAUGGGAGCUGGCAUGAAUGAGAGUUGCUGCUUGGAUGUUGUUUUGUAUCUACAACUAGGGGUAUCCGUGAGUUAUAAAUUAUUGGUGUUUUGUUACUUAACGAUUUUGUAAUAAAAUAGAGACUAUUAGCUAGUAAUUUUA